AUGGCCAGGAAAAUCCUCAGUCUGGGCUUUCUAUCACUUCUGGCCUUCUCACCCUACUUCGUUUUGGCUACGGGUCGUGAAGAAUGCUACAAUGAUAUCGGCAAAUUACAGCUCAUCGGCUCGUCUAUAUACCUGUCUCUAGGCCUAUGCCUGGAGAAGUGCCAGGAAAAAGGCUACUCCGUGUACGCCAUGCAGACUGAGAAAUGCUUCUGUGGACACAAAUUACCUCCAGCCAAUGCCAAACUUUCACUCGAAGAAUGCAACGUACCGUGCCCCGGCUAUCCAGCCCAUAAAUGCGGAGGCGAAAAUACUUGGACUGUUGUCUCUGACAGCGACUCGACUGCUCAUGAACAACCUAAACUACGUUCUCCCGAAUCGAAGACUGUCUCGGCAUCUGAGACUAUAAGGACUCUGAACGUGAACCCCACAGUCAUACAAACAGGCAUUGCUGCUGAGACCAGUGUCCCAAGUAGCAUCUUGACUGCCCCGACCACAGGUCCUAAGAAUGCUGAAGUUGCUCAAGCUCUCGCCGUGUCUUCAUUGUCAGCCUCGCCUAGUUCACCAACUGUGAGUUCGUCCAACGCUGUUGUUCCGACUCGCCCGGCGUCUUUGGGGUCCGUUGUGGGGGCGAUUUUCCUACCAUUGGUCCUCUUGUCUUGA